UUGGAAGAAAUAAGCAGCCCGAGACGUGGAGCAUUUAGUUAUGUUUUGACCUGAGAAGUUCUUAAUAAAUCUGUCUUAGGUCUAUCUGUCUCAUUAAAAAAAAAAAUUUUAAGUGCUGUUUAUAGUAAAGUAUAUAUUUCAAAAUGCGCCUAUUUUCUUCAUUGUUAAAAGUUGGAAUCAGCGGUGGAGCUCUAUAUUUUGCUGUUGACCAAGAUUUAUUAAGUAUUAAUCAGAAAGAAUCAAUAGAUGCUUCAAAAAAGGUUAUAGGCGCUUUACCAGGCCUCGAAGACUAUUCAAAAAAAGUUGAAAUUGGAAUAACAAAGAAUGAUGUCAUCAAUUAUUGGAAUUCAGGUAUCAAAACUGCUAUAUCUGCAUUGGCUAGUUUACCUGCAAACAGCAAGGAAGCAUUUCACGUAGGAAUGAAUUAUGUGACAGAUGAAAUUAAGAACCAAAUGAAGAAGAGUUCUUGAAAAUAUUUAUUUAAUAUCUAUGUUUGUUUCACACAGUGAAGUAUCUGUUGUGAACUUCUUAAUAAUAGUUGUUAGAAAUAUUUAUUCUAUUUAGUUAUUCAAAAUAAAGGGAUUUGUUCUUGAUUUUUAAUCAUA